AUGUUCUUAGAUGAAAAGGCAUUAAGAAAUUUAACAGCAGAAUGUAAUUAUGGUGAAAGAGUGACAGAUGAUAAGGAUAGAAAACUUAUUAAAAAACAAGAGAAGAAUAUUUAGAUCAUAUUAAAUAACUUCCACUACCAUAGAUAUUUAAUUUUCAUCCAAACUCAGAUAUCACUAAAGAUAUGAAUGAAACUAAUCUUAUUUAAGAUUCUUUUUUAUUAUAUUCUGCUUAAGGUAGGAGUUCAAAUGGAUAAUCAUUUGAAUAAGUACUUGAAUAAUUAGUUAAAACAAUUAUGACAAAUUUUCCUGAUGAAUUUAAUUAUGAAUAGGGUACUGAAAAAUAUCCAUUCAAUUCUAAAGAAUCAAUGAAUACAAUCUUAACAUAAAAAUUAUGUAGGGGGAUAUUUAGAAGGUGCUAAAUGAAACUUCAAUACUAUGGAUUUAGAUGA